GCGUCAGUUACCCUGGUGACCACCACGGAGUGGCCACCGCGCGAACUAUAAGUGCGCACGCAACCGCGCGACUUUUUAAAUUGACCGGAGGAACGUCGCGGACUGGGAAUGGAGGGCUGAGGUUCUCAUCGGGGUCAAGUAGCUUUAGCUUGUCAUCCUGGAACUUCAACUAAAGCAUGAGGAACUGAGUUAGAUAAAAUGGAGACCUGGAAGAGCGUCGCGGCAAAGGCUGUAGUCAUUGUAGCAAUCUUUGUUCUGAUUGUGGAUGGCUGGAAUCACCCAUCGAGAAAUUCGAGUAAAAAGGUCAAAUAUCACGUGAGACGAUUGAGAAAGGAUUUUCGCCAGCUGAAGAAGCAAGAGGGUGCAAUUAAACUGGUCGGUGGGAGACGACCGUUCGAGGGAAAUGUCGAGAUUCUCCAUGAUGCCAAGUGGGGAUGUGUGUGCGAUGACGAAUGGGAUCAUUUGGAGGCGACUGUUGUCUGCAGACAGCUUGGAUUCGAGGGAGCUAUCCAGGCCACUGGCAAUUCCCGUUUCGGAAUCGCCAGGAGACGCUUUUGGAUGGAUAAUAUGUUCUGCGAUGGUAGAGAGGAUUACCUCGGGAUGUGCAGGUUUGAUGGCUGGGGUAAUUCUGAUUGCGAGAGUAGCGAGGCUGCUGGAGUUAUUUGCACUCAUGAUAAGGAGGAGGAUCUUCCCUCACGCUCGAUUAGCACGAGGAGAAUUAAAAUAAAGGAGCGUCAUCCCAGGCUUCAAACCCGUUUAACAGGAGGAAGGAAUCCCUCGGAGGGACGUGUUGAAAUUAAAUUCCCGGAUCAAGACUGGAAACUGGUUUGCGGCGACGGCUGGUCCCUCCUGGAGGCAGGUGUAAUCUGCCGUCAAUUGAACCUGGGAUACGCGUCGGAUGCAAUUCAAAUGACUUUUCACAGUGAUAAAAAGGAAUUUAUUGGAAUAAGUGGUAUACAGUGUCAUGGUAACGAGCACCACAUCACAGAGUGCCUCCACGACACCUCCAUCCAGUGUCCAGGCGCUCGUGGGAAUGUGGCGAGUGUCGUUUGUAAGAGAGAUAUGGCUGAUCUCGUAAUCGAUCAUAUCGAACUCAUGAGGACUGCACACUUGGAGGAUAGGCCCCUUUUCUGGCUGCAAUGUGCCAUGGAGGAGAAUUGCGUUGCCUCAGAGGCUUACAGGAUACAAAAGGAGUCGGCUGAUUGGACCAGGGAGACCCGAAGGCUCUUAAAAUUUACAGCAAGAAUCCUCAAUGCUGGUACUGCCGAUUUCAGACCCUCAGUGCCAAAACAUCUGUGGGAAUGGCAUAUGUGUCAUAUGCAUUAUCACUCGAUGGAAGUGUUCGCCACAUUCGACAUCAUAGACUCAAGUGGAAAAAGGAUAGCAGAAGGUCACAAAGCAUCUUUCUGUCUGGAGGACAAUCUCUGCAUGCCAGGAGUGAAGCCUCGAUAUAAAUGUGCCAAUUACGGGGACCAGGGAAUAUCAGUGAACUGUACCGAUAUUUAUCGAUACAAUAUUGACUGCCAGUGGAUCGACAUAUCCGAGCUCGAGGCAGGACACUACACCCUCAAAGUCGCUGUCAAUCCGGAGUUUAAAAUCGGCGAGAUGUCAUUUGAGAAUAAUGCUGCCAAGUGUCAAUUGCUUUACACUGAGUCCCAAGCCUUCGUCUACGAUUGUAUAAUUGGCAGGCCGUGAUGAGUACUUAUUUAUGGAUCUAAAUCGUCAAUACUGCAAAUAGAAUGACGAGGGCUGAAAUGUAAUAGAGUAGUUCUACAUCCAUAUCUCAUUUUUUCAUGAAUAUGGAAACCGAAUAUAUUAAUAAAUAUCUAUUUUAUCGUAAAUAUACAUCAACAUUACGCAACACGAAUCUCCAAUUUAUUAAAAAAUGAUAAAAAUUGCAUUCAAAGAAUUUACA